GACAUCAGGUUCCUCUGGAUAAAUAGUGGGGUCAGAGGUCACGGAGAGGGCAAAGGUCAGAAGUGAGAAACAGGCCAACAAGAAAACCAUUCCCCACCCCAAAGGCAAGGUGUCUGGACUGGGAGACGACUUUGACCGCUGACCGCGAGGCGCAACCAGCCACACCCCUGGAGUUGGGGGGAGGGGCGGUCGCACCACGUGACUACACGAAGCCCCUCCCAUACCUGCAAUCUCGAAACCGUGACCAAUGGAAUGGGGGCGGGGCGACAACCAGGUCCUGCUGGGGAUGCCCCGGCCCUACCCCCGCCCCCAUGGAGCUGAAGGUGUGGGUGGACGGAGUCCAGCGUGUGGUUUGUGGCGUGUCGGAGCAGACCACCUGCCAGGAAGUGGUCAUCGCCCUGGCCCAAGCUCUAGGACAGACCGGCCGCUAUGUUCUCAUCCAGCGUCUCCGGGACAAGGAGCGGCAGAUGCUGCCGCAGGAGUGCCCAGUGGGUGCCCAGGCCACAUGUGGACAGUUUGCCAGCGACGUCCAGUUUGUCCUUCGGCGGACAGGGCCCAGCCUCACCGAACGCCCUGCCUCGGACCCCUGUCUUCCCCCAGAGCGCUCCCCUGUGCGGGCCAGCCUUCCCCAUAGGCCCUGGCCUCCUGCACCCCAUGAGCCCCAUAGGGGCUGGCCCUCCAUCUCAGCCAAGGAAGAGGUAGGAGGGGAGCUGUGGGGUCUAGAGCACCUAGUCCAGAGCAACGAGGCUGAGCUGGGUCAGGAGGGCUUUUGGAAAGAGGAGCUCCGGCGGGAAGUACAGCAGGAGCUGGAGCGCCAGGGCCUCAUACGAGAAUUGCAGGUGGCCACUGAGGAAUGCGCCCGGCGACUUCGAGAGCUGGAUGCGCAGGCCCGAGCCCUAGAGGAGGAGAUUAGCUGGCGGCAGCAGCAGGAGGGGCCCGGCUCCCGAAGGCCCCAGGAUGAGGCUGCAGCCGCCCGGCUCCAGAGGGACCUGCACACUCAGGCCCUGCAGAGUGAGCGGCUAGAGAGCAGCCUGGCCAGUGUGGGCCAGGCCCUGGCGGAGGCCGAGCAGAGCCUGCAGGCCCAGGCCCAAGAGGUGGAGGAGCUGAACCGAGAGCUCAGACAGUGUAACCUGCAGCAGUUCAUCCAGCAGGCCGGACCGGCACUGCCCCCACGACCCCAGGACUCUGGCCCCAGCCAGGAUCCUCCAGCCUCACCAGCAAGCCCAUCCCAUGUCUUCCCGAGAUGUCCAGCAUAAGCCCCUAAGCACAUGUAAGUCCACCGCCCCUGCCCCUCCAGGAAGAGGGCUCUGAGGAGAGCCCGUGUGCCCGGCUGUCUGGCACCUUCCUCUCCGCCAUGGCUGGCUGCUCACUAAGCCUCAUCAGCUCUCACAGGCAGCUGCCCUGGACACUGAGGCCAUGCUGAAGAUGGUCACUGGCAGGUCGGGGGACCCUUGUCCCAACCAUUCAACUGGUCCCCUUCUCCAGCCAUGCUGCACUGGUCAGAUAUGUGAAGGAUCACUGGAAGAGGCUGACUUGGGCUAGGAGGAGAAUUUUUGUGCCACUCUGCCAGAGACCCAUGGACAGAAGGACAGUGGUCCCACAGGCUGGCCCAGGCUCCUCUGGCCAGAGCUCACUUCCCUAAAUCCCUACUGUGUGGCCAGUAAACACCUAGCAGGAGUGGGGGUGGGGGUGGCGCUAUCUCCUGGGGUGGACUGAGUAUAUCCCUGCUGGGAAGUAUCCUUCUAUUCCUGUGUGGAUCCACCGGAAUAAAGGCACCCAAAGUAUGCUAUA